CGGUGAGGCUAGAAUCCCAGCGUGGUCGUUUGGAGCAGAUAUGUCUGUCCGGAGGCACAUUGGGAAUCCUGAGUAUCUGACCAAAAGAAUACCACAGAAUCCACGGUAUCAGCAUAUCAAGUCAAGACUGGAUACUGGUAACAGUAUGACUAAAUACACAGAGAAGCUAGAAGAGAUCAAAAAAAAUUAUAGAUACAAAAAGGAUGAGCUUUUCAAGAGACUAAAAGUUACAACUUUUGCCCAGCUGGUCAUCCAAGUUGCUUCCCUAUCUGAUCAGACACUGGAAGUGACAGCUGAAGAGAUUCUAAGGCUAGAAGACCAUGAGUCCUCAACGACUUCAGAGCCCGAUGACAGGGAAAUCGGUGCCAGGACCAACGGGAAGGGGAGCCCCGGGGAGCAGUCGCCAAGCCCCAUGCAGGUCCUAAGCAGCACGGGAGCAGGGGACUCCAACCGCUCGACUCUGCAGAGCGUCAUCAGUGGUGUUGGGGAACUGGAUCUAGACAAAGGGCUAGUGAAGAAAGCAGAGCCCACCACCAAAGACAAACCUUACCCCGACUGCCCCUUCCUGCUACUAGAUGUGCGAGACAGAGAUUCUUACCAGCAGUGCCACAUUAUUGGAGCUUACAGUUACCCAAUUGCAACUCUGUCUAGAACAAUGAACCCUUAUUCAAAUGACAUUCUUGAAUAUAAAAAUGCCCACGGCAAGGUCAUCAUUCUGUACGACGAUGACGAGAGGCUAGCCAGCCAGGCAGCCACCACCAUGUGUGAGCGGGGCUUCGAGAACCUCUUCAUGCUUUCCGGAGGUCUAAAAGUCUUAGCUCAGAAAUUCCCAGAAGGACUGAUUACGGGUUCCCUGCCAGCGUCUUGCCAGCAGGCCCUUCCUCCUGGCUCUGCCCGGAAACGAUCGAGCCCCAAAGUGCCACCCCUACCAGCUGAGAAUAAAUGGAGAUUUACCCCAGAAGACUUAAAAAAGAUAGAAUAUUACCUGGAAGAGGAGCAGGGUCCUGCAGACAAUCCUAGCCGCCUGAGCCAAGCUAACGCCUCCGGAAGAGACUCCAAGGUUCCAGGCACCCGCAGCGGUCAGAGCCUGCCUGCCGGGGUCCCCACCGGCCCCCCGAACCCCCGCUCGCUCAACAGCGGCCACCUGCAAGGCAAGCCCUGGAAGUAAAGACUUUGUCUGUCUUAGUCAAAUAAAUACUUUUUCUCCUUUUGGAACCCCUGGGCAGUUCCCAAGUUGGUCAUUUUCAGAAACUGCUGCACAGGAAAGACCCCCACGUGUAACAGGCCCUCUUCCCUCUGCCCCGGGGCCAGCACUUGCCUGUAUCCAGCUUGGAAGGAGUUUUACAAAAACCAGAGGCAUGACAGGCUCUAGCGUCCUCCCUGUUGUUUACAGAAUAUUUAAGUUUCUGAAACUGAGCAGGAAAAAAAAAAAGUCUCGUGUUUUAGGCCCUUUAAAAAAAAAAAAAAAAAAGGCCCAGCUUGUAUUGGGUCCUAUCCUGCAUUGUUUUGUAAAUUUUUCAGUCCCAUCUGGUAUGUUCUUCCCAGGCAGUUCUUUUUCACUCAGUGAUCUUGGUUUCAUGAAGAUUCUCCAGGUGGACUUUGCUGCAGCCAUCUCGGGCGGGGGGCGGGGUGGGGUUGUGUGGAAGGUUGGGGGGUGGGUGCUUCUCACCUCUCAGCACCCCUAGCUGUGGGCCCACUGGUCUGUCAUGAAUUGGGAGGCGACGGGGGACACCUGGAGCAUUGCUUGGUUUUCAGGUGUGUUAGAGCCACCCUCACACUCCCUGAGUGUCCCUCCCCGCUGGCUGUUUUCCGGGAACCAGCCCUGUAACGAUGCCUUCACACAGGGCAUGAGGGCUCCUCACCGGGACGCCCUGUGUGCCGGGCGGUCCUGUGUUGGGGGCCACUGACGCACCCCCACUGCCCACCCCGACCUGACCCUCACUGGCGGUCGGUCUCCCCAUUGUACGUUUCCACUCCCCAGCUCGGGUCCGUCCAUCUUGGAUGGAUAGAAAUUAUGGCCCCUUGAAAACAGCAGCGUCAGUCGGGCGACCUCAGGCAAACAAGGUGCGGACAACUCCAUGGUCCUUUGUCAGGGCUGACAGCCCCUUUAAGCCCUAGCUUUAAAAUACGGUAUUAGUCUAAUUGAGUAAUUAGUGCAAUUUCCUGCUUACUUUUCAUUCUCAUGACUGAGCUGUGAUUAGGAGGUUGUGAUUGUAGAUUCUGGUUUGGGCCAGAAUUUUGAAUCAGCAUUAAUUGAAUUGCUAGGUGACUGACAUUCAUUCCAUUUAAUUGGAGGAACAAAAGACCUCAGGUAAGGAUGAGGGACUCCGAAAUCAUCAGGCAAAGGGAAAGAGCCUUGUUAAUUUUUAUGGUCUGUGAUUUGUAGCUGUGAUAAGGGACCGAGGAAUAAAUUGUGCACUUUGUCAUGGCAACCGGCUUCUGAAAAGCCAACUGAAAAUUGUCUGUCCUUAGGUGGUUCCUGCUGCCGGUAAGAUUUGCCUUAAUGGGACCAUUUUCUUGCC